AUGUGUUGGAGCUCCGAAGACCAGUUCAAAUACAACGAGCCUAUUGAAGAGCCUAAUGGUCUCAUUCAUGGGGUUACCACACCGUCAGACCCUCGAUCGGAAACACAGAGUCAACGCGUGAAUAUUCGUGACCCACACACAUCUUCGUUUUUUAGUUAUCGAAGAUUAUUAUCUAUACGUUCUCAGUCAUCAGGAUCACCAUCAAAUAUCACCAACUGUGAUCAACGAAGGCUUCCUAGUAAUCCAGAUUCUACUAUUGGUAGUGGAACUUCAAAAAGUAUUAUUAUUCCCUCCUUCCGUAUAUGUAAGGAAGAUAAUUUAACUUUAAAUGUAUCAGAUCGUAUGACCUUUGUAUUAUCUAGAGUGCAGUCACCUCCACGUGAAGUAAGUUUUACGGUAUCGCUACAUGUGUAUGAUCUUUCAAAUGGAGUUUUUGAUUCUAGUAGUGAAAAAUUAGUGGGUGUUCAUAUCUCUGGUAUUUAUCACAGUAGUGUGGUAUGUUAUGGUAUGGAAUUCUUUUUUGAAGGUGGAAUAGCAAGUUCUGCAUCUGGUCGAACUCGUUUUGGAAAAAAGUAUAAAACAAUAGAACUUGGAAAAACGACCAAGACACUUGCUGAGUUUAUGUCAUGGAUUCAUCGCAGAGAAAAAGAGUCUUAUAGACUUACAGACUAUCACGUGACAAAACAUAAUUGUCAUAGUUUUACAACAGAUGCUGUUAAUUUUCUUAUUGGUUCUUCAAAAGUUAUUCCUUCUUAUCUUACUUCUACCGUGGAAGAUAUUAUAAAUACGAGGGUUGGUGGCGCUUUAGAAGGCGUUGUACUUCGAUUUAUUAAAGGAGUACAAUAUGUGAUUUCCAAACUGGAGUUAACACGAAUGACAGAACGUAAAGAGAGUUCAAUGCGUAUUGCGAUGUCGGCUGCAUCUUGUGGUUUAAAUGCUCGACCGCCUCAAUGUGUGGUUAUAUUCCGUGUGGAUGAUGCGAGGAAAGGUCGUCGUGCUCUUGAGGUAGUUAUGCCAUAUGUGAUUGAGUUAGUAGAGCGGGAAAUUCUUUCACGAAAGUCUAUAAUGGCAUUAAAAUUAGCAUUUGCUUUAGGUGAAGGAAUUGAAUCUAUUGAUCCAAAAGUCAUUUCAGAUUUUGUGGAAAUCAUAGUUACUAUUCUUUUACAUAAUCAUUGUACUUUAUGGGGUCCUGUUCUUAAUGCUUUACGUAUUGCGGUACUUCAUAAAGGCGUGUUAAUCGCAUGUGUCUAUCAUCCAUUAUUUUUGGGUAUAUUGGCAAAUGGGGCUAAAGACUUUUUGAAUAUGAUGAUAGAUGGUAAACUUGGGCUUCUUAGAGUUUUAUGCAACAUGGCAUCUGAUGUACAUGGAGCUGUGGCCCUAAACUCCAAUCGAUUCAUGAGUUAUUGGGUUAGUGCCGUUGGUUUAGCCAUCAUGGAUUAUAGAAAUACGGCGAUUACAUAUACUGGAGCCGCACUUGCAGUGAAUCUCACACAUGCUGCUGUGCUCACCACACAUCCCAUGUUGUCCAAGUAUUAUGUAGGAUCUUUUCUUGGACACCCUGCGAAUGAAUUAUUGACGAUACUCUUUUUCUAUCUACGAGAGUGGCCCAGUGAACGAAUACCGGAGCCUGUGUUUAAUAUGAUGUUGCUUGCUAUUUUUUUUCUUGUUUCCAGCAGUGAACAGGCGUUACGCGCUGCAAUGAAGCAUCCACUUGGGUUAAACUAUAUAGAUUUACUUAAAAGGGCAAGAACGAAUGAAAGCAUCGCAAUUAUUUGUAUUUUACAUGGUCUCAAACUGCAGUGA